GUGAAUUACCUGAUGAGAUUGGUAAUCUUAAUCUGGUGAGUUUUGUCAUCCGUGAGAACAGCUUCACUGGCCUUAUUCCAACCAAAAUAUUCAAUAGUUCAACUCUUAAAUCACUGGUGCUGAGUAACAAUGACUUUUCUGGUUAUCUUCCAUUGAGCAUGGGGCUUUGGCUUCCCAAUCUUGAAAGUCUUAUAGUUGACAACAACAAGCUCACCGGAAUAAUCCCAAGCUCCAUCUCGAAUGCUUCUAAGCUUACCCUCUUGGGCAUGAGUGCCAACUCACUCACCGGCGUUAUUCCUGAUCUUGGCAAUUUAAGACUCCUGUCCUAUCUUAUUUUGGGGGAAAAUAAUCUGACAAGGGAAUCCUCCACUAUAGAAUUGCGAUUUUUCUCUUCUUUAACAAAUUGCAGAAACUUGAAGAUGUUGGAAUUGUCAAUCAAUCAGCUAAACGGCAUCCUCCCGAUGUCACUGGGGAAUCUCUCUACUUCUCUUGUAUAUUUGGGGGCAUUUGGAUGUAAACUUAAAGGGGAUAUUCCUAGUGGAAUUGGAAACUUGAGUAGCUUGGAGAGAUUAAGCUUAGAUAGCAAUGAGUUGACAGGAUUCAUCCCGAGAGAACUCGGGAGAUUGAAACAUCUCACACGGUUAUAUCUUGAGCAUAAUAGACUACAAGGAUUCAUCCCCACAAAUCUUUGCCAGGUGAAGAGCUUGGGACACAUAUACUUAAGUGACAAUAUGCUCAAUGGACCCAUACCAGCAUGCUUGGGUGAACUUAAAUCCCUAGCAAGUGUCUUCCUAGAUUCCAACAGUUUGAAUUCCACAGUGCCCUUAAACUUGUGGAGCCUUAGAGAUCUGCUUGGUCUCAAUCUCUCUUCAAAUUUUUUAAGUGGCUACAUACCAUCAGAUAUUGGCAAAUUGAGGGUCAUAGCACAAAUAGACUUGUCAUGGAAUAAGUUGUCAGGCGACAUCCCGAGCUCCAUUGGAGGUGCUCAAUCAUUAGUUUCUCUAUCCCUGGCGGGUAACAACAUUCAAGGACCUAUUCCUAAGUCAUUCGGCUCCUUAAUAAAUUUAGAGUUUUUAGAUCUAUCGAAUAACAAUCUGUCUGGAGUGAUUCCCAAGUCCUUGGAGGCUCUAAGGUAUCUUGAAUACUUAAACUUGUCAUUCAAUAGGCUGCGAGGAGAAAUUCCUGAGGGAGGACAUUUUGCAAACUUUACAGCUCAAUCAUUCAUGCAAAAUGAUGCACUAUGUGGUGCACAUCGAUUGCAAGUCCCGCCAUGCAGAAAUGGCUCUCUUGGACAAGCAAGGUCCAAAGUUAUGCCUCUACUGCUAUACAUUUUGCUACCCACCACAUCAGCAAUCCUUGCAGUGGCCCUUAUAUACAUGUUACUUAGAUGGAAAAAACCGAGUAAGAAUUUACCCGCCCACUCCGAUUCAUUACCUUUUCCAUGGAGAACAAUAUCGUACUACGAACUUCUACAGGCAACAGAUGCAUUUAGUGACAGCAACCUUCUUGGUACUGGGGGUUUUGGCACAGUAUAUAAAGGAACAAUUUCAGAUGAAGUUAAGAUAGCAGUAAAAGUUUUUAAUUUGCAUAUAGAAGGAGCAUUCAAGAGUUUUGAUGUUGAAUGUGAAGCCAUGCGCAACAUUCGGCAUAGGAAUCUAAUUAGAGUAAUAAGUAGUUGUUCCAACAUGGAUUUCAAAGCCUUGGUACUAGAAUACAUGCCUAAUGGGAGCCUUGACAAAUGGUUAUACUCCCAUGACCAUUACUUGGAUAUCAUUCAAAGGUUAAAUAUAAUGAUAGAUGUGGCAUCAGCGUUGGAAUAUCUGCAUCAUGAUCUUACAACACCCAUUGCUCAUUGUGAUUUGAAGCCCAACAAUGUGCUACUUGAUGAGGAUAUGGUUGCACAUAUUGGAGAUUUCGGUGUUGCUAAACUCUUUGGAGAGGAGGAGUUUAUGGCACAGACUAUGACCUUGGCAACAAUUGGGUACAUGGCACCAGAAUAUGGAAGGGAAGGAAUAAUAUCUACAAAGGGCGACGUGUACAGCUAUGGUAUUAUGCUGAUGGAAAUGUUCACGGGGAAGAAGCCGACCGAGGAAAUGUUUGCUGGAGAAUUGAGCUUGAAGAGUUGGGUUGAUAAAGCACUUCACGGUUCAAUAGUUGAAGUAGUAGACACCAAUCUGAUGGGAGAAGAGUCUGAACUUUACUCCGCGAAGGAGCAUUGUGUAUCAUCCCUGUUAAGGUUGGCCAUGGAUUGUUCAAGUGAUUUACCUGAUGAGAGGAUCAACAUGAAGGAUGCCUUGGCCAGACUCCGAAAAAUUAAAAUUCAAUUUCUAAUGUCUACAGGACAACCGAAAGAUAAAGGAAGCCCAUGAGCGUAAAUAAAGAGGUCGCUGCAAAGGGUUGAAAACCAAAUUGUGUACCGUGAAAUUGUUAUGAGGUACUUCCUAAGGUUGUGUUUGGUUUUGUGAUCGGUUUGUUGAUCCUUUUUAGUACUUGUUGUUGCAGUAAAAUCUUCAAAUUUUGCCAUUAAAAAGGUGUUCAAGUCUCCUAGGCUGGUAUUUGCUUGUCGUGUGAUAUUAACAUGCUUUUUAAUACAUUACCAAGUUAGAGUACAACUAAUGAAAUUUUAAUCCUGAGGUCAUAGGCCUAUCAAUCUCAC